CCUGGUUAUUUCCCUUUGGUGACCCACGAGGAAGAGCUGCUGAUGAAGAGCAGCUCCCUGCCCACAACAUGAGACAGCUUCAUGGGUGGUGGAAAUCUCCAGGGAAGUUCUCCAGGUCCUGGAGGUUUCUGGAAGCGUCCUACAGCUCUUUGCAGAGGGCAGCUGGGAGACUGCCUUCCCUGCCCUCUGUGCUGGGCCCUGGGUGCGUGUUGUUAGAGAUGCAAAUGCUAGUCUGAUGAAGGCCUUGAUGCUGCAGGAUUGCCCCAAAGCCCGCAGAGAAGUGGAGCUCCACUGGAGGGCAUCUCAGUGUGCACACAUUGUCAGGAUCAUGGAUGUCUACGAGAAUCUUUACCAGGGCAGGAAGUGUCUGCUCAUCGUCAUGGAGUGCUUGGAUGGUGGGGAGCUCUUUAGUCGAAUUCAAGAUAGGGGAGACCAGGCCUUCACUGAACGGGAGGCUUCAGAGAUAAUGAAGAGCAUCGGGGAAGCCAUCCAGUAUUUGCACUCGAUCAACAUUGCGCACCGGGAUGUGAAGCCAGAAAACCUCUUGUACACCUCAAAAAGGCCCAAUGCUGUGUUAAAACUCACUGACUUCGGCUUUGCUAAAGAAACUACCACACACAACUCCUUGGCCACUCCAUGCUACACACCUUAUUAUGUGGCCCCAGAGGUGCUGGGCCCAGAGAAAUACGACAAGUCCUGUGACAUGUGGUCCCUGGGUGUCAUCAUGUAUAUUUUGCUGUGUGGGUAUCCCCCCUUCUAUUCCAACCACGGUCUGGCCAUUUCUCCAGGCAUGAAGAAGCGCAUCCGAAUGGGCCAGUAUGAAUUUCCCAACCCCGAGUGGUCUGAAGUAUCAGAAGAAGUUAAACAGCUGAUCCGCAACCUGCUGAAGACGGACCCGACCCAGCGCAUGACGAUAACGGAGUUCAUGAACCACCCCUGGAUCAUGCAAUCGAUGCAGGUGCCCCAGACCCCGCUGCACACCAGUCGCGUGUUGAAGGAGGAGAAGGAUUUGUGGGAGGACGUGAAGGAGGAGAUGACGAGCGCGUUGGCCACCAUGCGUGUGGACUAUGAGCAAAUCAAGAUUAAGAAAAUCGAAGAUUCCUCGAAUCCUUUGCUCAUGAAGAGGCGAAAGAAAGCAAACCCUGCCGAGCCAGCGGCGCUCCCACACUGAGGGUGCCCGCGCUUGUCGGCCCUUGAGAAAGCAAUAACUAUAUAUAUAUUUUUUUUAAGAAAAAGACAAAAAGAGACAGACUGUUAUGUCAAGCGCAUGGAAUUCAGACAUUUAUACCAGACUAGUUAUUUUUAGCUACUCACCUGUGUUUCUGACCUUUCUGGAGCAGGCGAUGAGAUAUCCCUGUAAAGAUCCACACACUUCGGCUGGGGGGUUUUUGUCCUGUAGGUGAACGACGCCGAUAAUUGGAUUUUUUUUUUUCCCUUUGUGAAACAGUUUUGGCUUUUUUCCUUCCUUCCAAAGACAUGGAAAUUCCUGUGGUGACCUUUUUAGGGUAUAUAACGUAUAAAUAUUUUUUAAAAACUACUGUAGAGCUGUAACCCAGACAGCGUGGUCCCUGUGCGGCACGCUGGGUGGAGACACAGGCUUCUGGCUUUGUAGCUAGUGCCGAUGCGGUGGCACAUCGGGUGCGUGCGGGUGGCGUCGGGGAUGGGGCCGGGGUGUCCUCGGGCUCCGGUCCCCUCUCCUCUCCCGCCUCACCGGCGCUGGGUUGGGAGGUCCCUUGGGAUGGCGUGCUGCUUUGCUGGCCUGGAAAACUGCUACUUUUAAAGCAUCGUAGCAGAAAUCCUCCCUGAACUGGAAGCCUUGGCUCUACCCAGGCGUGCGCAGGGCUCUUGUCGAGCCCCACGUGUGCGUGCGUUGUGUUGCUGUCUGUCUGCGCGCGGCGUGUGUGUCGCCCGUCCGGGGGUGCGGGAGCCCAGGCGCACGCCUGCCUCUCCUCUCCUCUC